GUGAUCCUUGUCACUGCUGGAAGUGCAGGACUGGGUGCUGCAGUUGCCCGACUCUUUGCGCGGCGUGGAUUUCGAGUUGUCGUAAACUACAACAAGGACAUUGAACGUGCGGAGAUAUUAGUCGCGGAACUUAACGGGAUGAAUGAUACAAGGGAUCAUGUUAAUGGAGAGACUAUUAGCCAUAUCGCAAUCCAGGCAGACUUGGCCUCACAGGCGGACGUUCGGCGCCUCGUGCAAGAAACACAUUCCUGUAUGGAUCGAAUCGACGUAGUGUAUUCUAACGGUGGGUGGACGAGAUUUACCGACACAACAUCCAUCGACGAUAACGUUAUCGAGGAGGAUUGGGACCGAGCAUUCACUUUGAAUGUGAAGUCCCACCUCUGGCUUCUUCGUGCUUCAAAGCAACAUCUCGACGAGACAGAAGGAGCAUUUAUAACGACGUCUUCAAUUGCGGGUGUGCACGGAAUGGGAAGCUCCCUCGCCUACGGGGCUACGAAGGCCGCCCAGAUACAUAUGGUUCGUGGGUUGGCCAGCAUGGUAGCACCUAAGAUUCGGGUGAAUAGUGUAUCUCCUGGACUGCUUCAAACGGAGUGGGCAACUCGCUUCACUUCAGAACAGAAGGAGGCUCAUCGGCAAAAGACCAAGUUAAAAAGGUUUGUCGAGAUUGAGGACGUUGCGGAACAGGUCUUGAGCCUAGCAACAUCUAAGAGCAUAACUGGGACCAACAUCAUUAUUGAUGCAGGGUAUAUUAUUUAG